AUGUCAUCCCGACGUUACAAAUCUCGGAGUAGAAGUAGAUCAAGAGAACAUGUCAGAAAAAGUCGAAAACGAACAAGAAAUUCAAGUGGAGAUGAUAGUAAUCACAAUUCACCAAUUGUUGAUCGCCAAACUCCAACUCUUUCAUCACCAGUCGUUAACAAUGAAUCAGACAGUGGUUUUUCAAGUCCCACUUCUGUUGCAGGUGAUCCACAACAAGCAUUACUGAAGAAACGACGUAGUCGUUGGACAGGAAAUGAUAAUGAUAAGAUCUUUAUUCCUGGUAUGCCGACAAUUAUACCAUCAAUGCAAUUACAAAUUGAAGAGAUGACAAGACGUCUGCGAAAUAACGACUUGGGUAUACCAAGUGCUCCAGAGGAUAGGUCGCCAUCGCCCGAACCGAUUUAUGAUAAUCAAGGAAAACGUUUAAAUACACGUGAAGUUCGUGUGAGAAAACGUUUAGAAGAAGAUCGACAUCAUCUUAUUCAAGAAAUGCUUUCAAUUAAUACAGAAUAUAAACCACCUUCAGAUUACAAACCACAACAGACAAAAUUUAUUGAUAAAGUCACGAUUCCACAAGAUGAUCAUCCAGAUGUGAAUUUCGUGGGUUUACUAAUUGGUCCACGUGGUAAUACAUUGAAAUCGUUAGAAAAAGAGACAAAUGCAAAAAUUAUCAUAAGAGGGAAAGGUUCAGUAAAGGAUGGAAAAGUAGGAGGACGAAGAGAUGGUACACCGCUACCUGGCGAAGAUGAGCCAUUACAUGCAUAUAUAACAGGAAACACGCUAGAAAUAGUUUCAAAAGCUGCAGAUCGAAUACGAGAAAUAAUCAAAACUGGAAUAGACGUACCAGAAGGUAUGAACGAAUUGAGAAAACAACAAUUAAGAGAGUUAGCUUUAUUGAAUGGAACGUUACGUGAAAAUGAUUGUCUCAUUAAGUUAAAAUUGGUUACUGAAGCAGAAAAAAUCAUCACAAAUACUAUUAUAUGUACCAUAUGUGGUGGCGCAGGACACAUAACAAGUGAUUGUAAAAUGAGAAAAAAUCCAGAUGGUACUUAUGCGACACUCAAUGAAGAUGGUACACUCCAAUCAAGUACAGGAACUAAUCGCGUUGAAAAAGAGAAAUUGGAUACAGAGUAUCAGUCAUUAAUGGCUGAACUUGGUGGUAAUAAACUACCGAACGACAGCCAAAUGAGUUUAUUGGAUCGAAAAAACAUGGUAUCCUCCAUGAAUCGAAAUCCAGGACCUAUUCUAGCUCUUCCGUCUUCGCAAUCAUCUUCAUCUCUAAAUGGCGAUGCUAAUAACAAUAAUAUGAUGAUGAACAGCAACAAUCCACCAUCUUUGAUGUCGAUUAAUAUUAAUCCGUCAUCAGACAAAUCCAAUUAUUCUAGUAAUAAUAAUAACAAUAAUAAUGAUGGGUUUGGCUUCUCAAAAAAUUAUAACAAUUCCAAUUACUCUUCGUUUUCAAAUAAUGACUCAAUUCCUUCACUGAUGUCUUCAAACAAUCAAUCGUGGUCAACAUCAACAAGUCAGCAGCAAUCAUACAGUUCAAAUUAUACUGCACCUACUAUACCAACUCCCCCGCCAGCACAACAGCAACAAAAUAUGUCUAAUCAAUGGGCUCAAUGGAAUCAAUGGAACGCUGCUGCAUAUUGGAAUCCAAUGUGUUGGUCAGGUUAUAACUAUCCAUCAACCGCACAAAUGCCUCCUUUGCCAAGCGCUCCAGCAGCAGUUAUUCCACCACCACCGCCGCCUCCUCCACCACCUCCUCCUCCACCUCUGAAUUGA